CACUAUUUUCCCAUCAUUUUUCCGGCGUUGUCCACGUGCACGCAGCGUGAGCUCAGAGUCUCGGCCCCACGCCGUCCGCACGGUGUCGUUGGAGCUGCCCUGCCGCCGCGGUAGGCAGUAGAGGCUGCCCCCGCACAGCAGUCCACACAACCACAGCACAUCACAACGCCUGGCAACAAGCAGCACGCCAUCGCCGCAUCGGUGAGCCAAGACCAUGCCCGCCCCAGCGCAAGUCGGCGUCCGCGUCGUAAGGGUACGAAGAAAGCAAGCAGAACUCUCGAAGAACGCGAGACUAAGAAAGCGCCUCCAAAAGUUGCGCGAGUCGUCGCGGAAGCUUUUAGGUAUACACAAGGUCGCGCCGGAGCCGACCUUCGACGAUAAGCUCGACGCGCUCUUCGCGAGGUAUGACACGGACCACAACAACUUAAUCGACGCGGACGAGCUCGUCAAAUUACUGGAGCACUUCAUCCCGCCGCACGUGCGGAGGGGGAAGCGGCCGGGCUGGCCGUCCUUGGCCGACGCGCAUUUCAUCCUGGGCGAGGUCGAUAUCGACGGCGACGAGCAGACGAUCUCGCGCGACGAGCUGCGGGCGGCGGUCAACCUGUGGCGGCGGUUGAUCGCGGAGACGACGCCGUCGCAGUCCGAUCAAUUGAAAAUGCAUGGGAGGAUGGGGUUCUGCUGUGAGGUUAUGUGAUCGUUCGUCGACUCGUGUGUAAAGUAC